AUGGAGCGGCGGAGCGGGCUCGGGCUGGCGGCUCUGGGCGCGCUGGGCCGGCGGCUGCUCUGGGCGCUCCCCGCUUACGCCGCGGGGCUGCUGGGGCUGGGCGCGGGCGCCGUGGUGCUCGCGCUCGCGCUCUACGCGGGCUGGCGGCGGCGGCGGCGCGCCCGGGAGCGCGGGAUGCGCGCGGCCGAGCGGCUGCACCGAGACGAGGAGGCGGCCGUGCGCGCCGCCGCCGCCGGGCUGGGCGCGGCCCGCGGGGAGCUGCCGGCCUGGGUCAGCUUCCCGGAUGUGGAGCGGGCGGAAUGGCUCAACAAGCUCCACGGGAUGCUCCGGAUCAUUCUGGAACCUCUCCUGGGGGAUGUGCCCAUCGUGGGGGCUCUCAGCAUGUUCUUCAUCCGCCGCCCGACCCUGGACAUCAACUGGACAGGAAUGACCAACCUGCUGGACAUCCCCGGCCUCAGCUCCAUGUCGGACACGAUGAUCAUGGACACCAUCUCCUCCUACCUGGUGCUCCCCAAUCGCCUCCUGGUGCCGCUGGUCCCCGACCUGCCCGAGGCCGCGCAGCUCCGCUCGCCCCUCCCCAGGGGCGUGCUGCGCGUUCACCUGCUCGGUGCGCGCUCCCUGCGCUGCAAGGAUCGGUUCCUGGGGGGGCUCCUGGAGGGGCGCUCGGACCCCUACGCGCUGCUCCGGGUGGGGACACAGGCGGCGACAAGCGGCGUCAUCCCCGGCUGCCUCUGCCCCCGCUGGAACGAGGUGCACGAGCGCGUGCUGCGGCUGGAGCUGCUCGAGGCCGAGGCUCUGGUGGCCAAGGACCAGCGGCUCGGGGGGCUCGGCCGGGGCCGCUCCGACCCCUACGCCAAAAUCCGCGCGGGCGGGAGCGGCUUCCGCAGCCGCGUGAUCCGGGAGGAGCUGAACCCGCGCUGGAACGAGACCUACGAGGCGAUCGUGGACGACAUCCCGGGACAGGACGUGGAAUUCGAGCUCUUCGACAAAGACAUCGACAAGGACGAUUUCCUGGGGAGGUGCAAUUUGGGGGGUCCGGGGGGGAUUUUUGGGGUCGUGCACACCAACAGCCUCCUGCAGCCCGCGCACGGCCCGGAGCUCUCGGCCGCGCUGCUCUCCGUCUUCCUGGACCGAGCCGCCGACCUGCCGCUCCGGAAGGGCUCCAAGCCCCCCGCUGCCUUCGCCAGCCUCGCCGUGCGCGACGUCUCCUUCAAGACCAAGACCUGCGCCCCCUCCACCGAGCCCGUGUGGGAUGAAGGCUUCUCCUUCCUCAUCAAGCGGCCGCACGUGGAGUCUCUGGAGCUGCAGGUGAAGGACGAGGGUGGGCAAGCUCUGGGCAGUCUCAGCUUGCCCCUGGCGGAGCUGCUGGCCCGGGAGGGGCUGGCCAUGGACGGCUGGGUCCCGCUGGCCGGGGGCGGCCCCGGCGCUCAGCUCCUGCUGCGGGCGCAGCUCGGGGUGCUGGUGUCGCAGCGGGUGGAGGCGAGCGCUGCCAGCAGAGCCCCCGAGGGGGGGGACACGGAGCCGCGACAGGAGGAGGAGGAGGAGGAGGAGGGUGAAGAUGAGGAGCGCGGGGUGGGGGGGCUGCGCCAGCGCCUGCCCCCGGCGGACAGCCGCCCCGAGCCCCCGGAGGGUCCCCGGCUGCAGCUCUCGCUCUGGUACCACCAGGAGCAGCGCAAGCUCGUGGCCAUCGUGCACUCCUGCAGGGAGCUGCGGGCGGCGGGCAAGGAGCUGCCGGACCCCUACGUGUCCCUGGUGCUGCUCCCCGACCGCAGCCGCGGCACCAAGAGGAAAACGGGCGUGCAGAGGAGGAGCCUGAACCCCGACUUCAACGAGAGGUUCGAGUGGGAGCUGUCCCCGGAGGAGGCGGCGCGGCGCAGGCUGGAGGCCACGGUCAAAACCACGCUGUCCUUCGUGACCCGCGAGAAGGAGGCGCUGGGCAAGGUCCGGGGGGGUCCUGAGGAGGGUCUGGGGGGUCUGGGGGGGUCCUGA